AUGGCGCAGGUUGUAGAAAUUGGAAAUUUAAUUUCAGUCCCCAAUCCAUCAAGUCCUCUCUGGUAUUUAUCUGAAAAUAGUCCAGUUCUGAUACUCGGAGGAAUUACUGAUCGCAAGGUGGUCCUCUUAUCUACCAGUGAAUUUGACGAUUUUACUAUUUUGGAGGUAAGCAUUGACAGUUGUUGGAUCGGCUCUCUUAGCUGUCCUCAGGGAGUGUACUCUGCAACUGUGUAUGAUGCCAUUGCGACAGAAAGUAUGCUGUUCAUUCGGCAGAAUCAGCUAAUGUAUUACUUCAAAGGAAAUUUUAACUUACUUCUCCUGCACACUCCUCCUACUACGCAUUGGCAUCGUGUAUUAAGUUCUGUCUGUGUGGAAAGACUGAUUCCAGUGUACCUUACUGUGAAUAACGAAGAAAAACUGUUUGUAAUUGGAGGAGGCAAGCAAAAGGCAUUGACCUUCAUUGGCACUAUUCGAGGAUCACCCCUCAUGCAUCCAGCAGAGUUGCUAAUGGAGAGAAGACUUUGCACCAAAUUAAAUCUGAUCUUCCCAGAUCUGGGUUACAAUCUUGGUGCAACGUGGCUUGCUGUGCCAGGGGUUCCAAGUUACUCCCUUAUUCGCUACUUUAUAACUUCUUGGAAUGGAGAUUUUGCCUUUGUGACUGAUGUUGAAGAGAUUGUCUACGCAGUUGUUCCAAAUGGCACUUCAAAAAUCUUUAAACGGGCAAUCCCAGUGGAAGAAUUGUUAUCUUAUCUGGAGUUCUUUAAUAUUCCUUACAAUACUGAGGACUCUAAGAGCAAUGGCAUCUCAUUUUUAGAUAACUGUCCUUUUGGAGUAAUGUGGAUCAAAACAUUAGCUCCGCCCUUAUUUUACAACCGAAUACAGCACUACAUAGCAAAGCCACCUUGGAUCUUUUCUGAAGCUGGAUUGUAUAAUGAGCUGUCACUGACUGUCUACCAAGGCCUGGUCCAUGGACUGCUGUGGCUGCAUUCUACCUACUAUAGGCCAUAUGCAGAUCCAGUUCAUGAUCCAACAUGGAGAUGGUGGAAAAAUUCACUGAAAGCCCAGCAUUACUACUUCUAUCUGGCCAGUAACAAACUUUCUAAAGGUGGAUUCUACGUGGAAGCAUAUGAUUACCGGAAGCACUACGAUGCCAAUAUCAAUGAUCCUUUGCCUUCUGUCAUUUAUCUGGAUAAAAGCAGCUCAUAUGAAUUCAUUGUCUACCUGACUGUGAGCAAUGGAAAAUCUAGUGUUGAAUAUGAUAUCAAUCAGGUAUGGAUGGCAACACAUGUUUCCUCCCCACAAUAUAUUCUGGUAAAUCUAGAGAGGAAGGAAAUAGUACAUCGAGGCAGCCUAAUGUAUAAGGUCACAGUGAAAGAUCGAGAAUACUAUGCCAAACAGAGUUUGUCAGGUGAAAACCUGGUGGUUCUUACAGUUACAAUAAAGGUGGUGAAUUCUGACCUUGUUUGUUUCCAAGAGUUUAAUAAUAACAUUGUAAUGCAGGGUGGUGCACUUCUGAAAGUCUAUGUAGGAUGUCCACCUGGAAACAGGCUUGCUUUUGAUAUUUCCUACACGCUUCAAUACAGUACCCAGAAAAAUAACAUAUACUUUGACUGCAUCGAGCCUAACGUAGAAAUUCCAUGCUUCUAUUAUGAAAUCCCAUUUUACCCAUUUUUUUUGAUUCAAGACAUGGUGACUGGAAAAUCGGACCGGUUUUGGGGCAAAUAUACAUUUAAAGUUAUUGGAGGUGGACCAUACACAGAAAGUAAUAUCAGAAUGUUCAGUGAAGAAGAAAUUUUAAUGUUUAACUCAUUGAAUUACAGAUGGAUUUGCCAGAAGUACUCUCCUUGCAGUGAUGUACCGGCAGAUGGGCUAAAAGGUCCAGAAUAUUUUUUGGUUAUUGAGGUGUCUAAUAGGGGAAUUGAUACAAGCACAUACUGCGACUACAGACUUGAAUUUUUAAUUCAUUUACAUGGAUUGCCCCUCAAUCCUUACCGAGGACUUGUCCUCAUGCUUACAACAUUGUCCAUACUUUGGUUUAUACUGUCUUCCUUCAUUAUCCUUCGCUGCUAUCUAAAUUGGUUUGAAAAGAGAGUGAAAUUGUCAUCAGCUGCCGAUCCAAUGGUCCUGCCUAGUCGCAUAGGUAUGUAA